GAUAUGCAUUUCGUAAGAGGCUGUCGAUUGUGUUAACGGCAAUCAUUUGGCAAAGGAGCCCGGAACAUUCGGACGUACAGUGUGCUCUCAGCACAGGUUCCAACGCUUAGCAAUGAUUCGUUUCGGAUUUCUAGCCCUAUUGUUUUCGGUAUGUCUGGAUUGUGUGUCUUCCCAGAAGCCCUGUGACGGAGUUCUGGGACAGCAGUUCCGGCCUGACCCCGCAGACUGUCGGGUGUACUACCUGUGUGGACAGGGCAAGGACUGGAGACUACAGUGCGGACCCAACACAGUCUGGAGCCAGGAAAUCGGCGCAUGCGUGCCGGUUGGAAGUCCGGAAGAUACUUGCACACAAAAUAACAAGGACCCACUUCCUUAUACAGCCCCAAAGGGGGACCCCGCGGCCAGAUCCCCUGGGUCAAGACAUUACUCACCCUUCAGUGAGUCCACCUGGCGGCCAAAAUGCACCCCAGGCUCCACCAAGAGGUUUCCUCACCCCAACCGCUGUGCCCAGUACUACGACUGUGGGGGUGAUCCCAAGGAGGACUGGUGGGGCAAGCACCUGAGGGAGUGUCCCUACCCCACCGUCUACGACACCACCACCGGAAGCUGUGAAUAUUACACGACUGUCAACUGUGGUCAAAGAAAAAUGCCACUUGAUCCUUGCGAUUACCUGGCGCAUUCUUGCAGAAACGCUCACUGCUCCCCCUGUCACAUCCGGUAUGCUACAUGUUCAGGACUUCCGGACGGAAUCAACGUUUGGAGGGGACGAGAGAAGACGCCAUUUUACGUCGUUUGCCAAGCACAACGAGUAGCCUUCCAUGGACGUUGCAUAAACCCAGAGCCUGGUAAAAGACAAAUAUACGACGGUGAAUAUCAUACAUGUGGUCGUCCUGUUGACUUUGAAAUGGGAAUGGUUCAUCAUAUGCAUAGAGGAGAAAUAGGCAAAAGUCAGAUUGUGAAACAAAUAAACCACGCAAAAAGAGUAGGAAAAGCCGAAAAGCGGCCGAAGGCAUCAAUGGGAAAAAAUAACCCGGCUCAACAGAGUGGUAAUCAGCAAAAAGCGCAACAAGCAAGUAAACCACAUAUCAACCAGCCAAAAGCCAAUCAAGCCUCACCACAAAAUACAAACAAUAACAAUCAACCACCACAAAACAAACCAAACACACCACAACCACAUGUCAACCAACCUAACAACAACCAGCAGCAACAAACUCCGUCGUCUUCCUCUAACAAUGCAGCCAAUAACCAGAACAGCCAGCAUUCCCCUCACGUCAACCAACCAAAAACUGCUGCUCCUCAAAGCAAUACGCAAACACCGCCAGGACCGGCUAAUCAACAAACAAAGGCACCAGUUCCAAGCACCCCUCACGCAAACCAGCCCUCUGCGCAUGCAAACCAACCAGCUGCACAAGCAAAUCAGCCUCCUGUUCAAGCAAAUCAACCUCCUGCUCAUGUAAAUCAACCUCCUGCUCAUGCAAAUCAACCUCCUGCUCAUGUAAACCAACCUUCUGCUCAAGCUAACAAACCUCCCGCUCAUGCAAAUCAGCCUCAGUCUCAUGCUCACGCUCAGCAACCUCCAAGUCAGCAAAACAAUUACCAACCUCCUCAACAGCAACAAUAUGGACCUCCAGCACAAGGCCCACCCCCAAACUACGGACCUCCAAACAAUCAGCCGAGAGCUCCGCAAUCUCAUCCCAAUGUUGCCCCACAACCUCACGUUAACAAACCACACACACCGGUACAACAUCAACGAACACCCUAUGCUCAACCACAUAGUCAACCUCAGGCACAGAAACCAAAUUCCCUCCAGUCAUUCAUUGGAGAGAUACAGAGCAAAGGAAGGUAUCAACAACCACACCCGAAUCGGCCAGUUCAGUAUCCAAAUCAACCUCAAUCGAAUACAAACGCACCUUUGCAAGUCGUUAGAGCCAAACCGGGUAAACGUCCACCUUUGCCUUACAUGAAUUCAGUUCCUUCAGUUCCACGCGUUCCAUCCGUGCCAUCAGUUCCACAAUCUCAGCCAAGGAACCCAAUACCAAGACAACACCACAUUCAACAACAACCACCACCAUAUUCACAUCCCAACCAACAGAGACAGCCGUCUUAUCCCCAUGUACCCCAACCUCUCCCCCCUGUACAACAAAGACCGCCGGCGCCAGUUGUAGCGGGACCUGUCCACAACGGACCAAGUCCCGCCCACCACCCAAAUAUGCCACAAACCAUACAGAGGCCGAACACACAACCAUCAUAUCCUCAACAACCAUACGCCAUACCAAACCGACAGCACGUCGCUCCACAGCCAGCGCCGCAACAAAGAAUGUAUCCUCAGCCAGUUCCAAGAGCGCCUAGUCAUGGUCCUCAGCCAAUUCAGCCCCGCCCAGUUGGACCUUAUCCCCAACCGCAAUUAUACAACGAGCCCGCCACCAUUAGACAAUCAAUAUCUCCAAAACAGAAUGUAAACAAUAUUUCGCAAAAAAGAUAUCCUGUCCCCACAACCCAGAAUAAGAAAAGACGAGAGCCCCCAAGAAGCUUACCACUUCGAAGGCAGACCGGUAAAUAAGGCGUGAAAAAAUAAACAGAAAGUGUAUGUGUGUGACUUGAUGACUGAACAGUGUGAUUUGGGGGAAAAGGAAAAACAGUAGUCAAAGAGAACAGAAGUUUGAUGCAUACAAUGUGAUUGAAUAAUGAGAUAUCAUUUUUGUUUUCGUGUUUUAUUUGUCUUUCUGUUAACUAGAGACACCAGUAUUAUUAUUAUAUUUAUUACUUUUUUUCAAUUGUUGACCAUAAAAUGAUUGACUUGUUAAUUGGAAAGUGUGUAUAGUUAUUGAUUUUCUAAAUUAACGAUGUCCUUUUCGGAGAGAUCAGUGUUCGUCUGUUGAAAUGUCCAUUUCGAGAGAUUGAUGAUAAAAGGUUGGCUCAUACAGACCUGACAAAGUUCUAAACCCCUUGGCAUAAAGACUUCCGAGCCAAGUACCUACAUGUACGGCGCAAUGGAUGGGAAACACCGAGA